CGAGUGGCGCGCGUCAGGCAGAGGGAGGCGAGGAGUUGGAGGCGCUAGGGUCGACCGGGCCAUUGUACAACAGUACAACAGUAAAACAAUAGAAUCUGCAGUUUCAGUGACGUAUCCGCGUACAGUGCGCGUGGCCGUCAAAGUAUCGUGGACAAUUAAAAAAAAUGUGCCGUCGCGAUUAAAGAGAGACGGAGAGAAAGAGAGGGACAGAGAAGGAGAGAGAGAAAGAGAUAGAGAGAGUGUUCCACUUUUCGGAUAAUGCAUAAAUAGUUCCAAAAAGUGUAUCGUUGAAUCAGAGCGAUUUGCGCUCAUCAUUUGAUUAGCGCUCGAGACGAUACUCGAAUUCUUUCUGUACCCGUAUCACAAAACGGAUCUGUAAUCUAGAAAGUGAACUUAACAGAUAGACUCGCGGGAAUUAAGAAUCUUUCUCAUUUUUAUACGCAUGUCUAACCGGCGAUUUAAUAUCAAGUCGAAUCGAUACAAGAAUCAUUGUGGAACAAUUUUGAAUUUGAUAAACUUUAUUAGCCUCUAUCAAUCGAUGGAAAGAUUGUUACGAGAGAGGAUCGUAACGCGACUUAAAUCUCGCGAAUGUUUGAAACAACAGUGACGUUUGCGCGCGAUUUUCAUACAUUGUAACCGCCGGCACGUGUGGAGAGUGUUUGACUGGUGUGAUCUGGUGAUUUCGUCUUGUCUUGCCAUCCUUGCCACUGUCACGGUUCCUUUUUUCCAGGUUCCAUUUAUCGCAGAAAACGGUGAGAAAGAGAAACAGAGGGGAGGGGGAGAGAGAGAGAGAGAGAGAGAGAGAGAGAGAGAGAGAGAGCGAGCUCCCCUCUCCUUUGCUCGCUGCGCUGCAUACAGCCACUUACGCGACGACCGCUGCCGGCAUAGACUCUACGUCGUUAGAUGUACAUCAGUCGCAAGUUAACCACGAUCGUUGCGUCGCGUCAACAUUUGCUGAACCAACGAAACUUCAAUUUAUUCACACAAUAUAUUAUUUCAUAGAACUGUACGCGUGUGCUCGACAAGUUUCUCGUGCGAAUCGCGUUCGAUUCGAAUAGAGUUAAGUUGCGCGCGCGUACACGCGUCGUGCCGCGUUGCCCCGCGCCGCAUUGCGCAGUCGUCUUUCGUUUGUCGCAGUUGGCAAGACUGUUCGGAAAAUUCGGAAAGUGAACAGGUGUUUUUUGAAUGGAUUAGGGAGGUAGAGAGUGAGGGAGAGGACGCGGAAUGAUUCGCCGCGGACGGUGGUGAACGAUUGCCGUGGCCGGGACCCGGGACUUGGCAGCCGCUCCGGAUGAUCGAUAGCUCGGAAGAUGCACGCGGGCACGAGAUUACUCUCGACGCCCAAACGAUGAGAUAUAAGAGGGAACUGCGCUACCGUGAGAUACAAAUCGCAAGGCCAAUGUGAGUCAAGAACGCUGCACGCUAUUGUUACACUUUUCCCAGGUAAGGGAGAUCGGGAGAAAAGGCAGAGAUUGGGAAAGGCAGCGCACUUGAAAGAUGAAGAUAUAAGUUAGCGGCAACUGCGUUAUUUCUCAUACCACAGGAAAGUCAAAUUUGGACUUGUUAAAUAUGCCACACCAAUUUGGGCUGCCAACGAUGGCACACGGUAUGCAAUCUCCGCCCUCGCCAACCUCGGUCAUGUCCGUUUAUCCUCGAUUCGGCUCCGGUCUCUACAGGCCCGACCAUCAGGAGCAACGGUUGACCCGCGAGGCGAUGGAACGUUACCUGCGCGACCGUAGCGACAUGGUGAUUGUGAUUUUGCAUGCCAAGGUCGCGCAAAAAUCCUACGGUAAUGAGAAGCGAUUCUUUUGCCCGCCGCCGUGCAUCUAUCUCUUCGGCGACGGGUGGAGGAUGCGCCAGGAGCAAAUGUUGCGCGAGGGUGAGAGCGAGCAGAGCGCUCAGCUGUGCGCCUUCAUCGGCAUUGGCAAUUCGGAUCAGGACAUGCAGCAAUUGGAUCUGAACAAUGGCAAGCAAUACUGCGCGGCAAAGACCCUCUACAUUUCCGACUCAGACAAGCGAAAGCACUUUAUGCUCUCUGUGAAAAUGUUUUACGGCAGUGGUCACGACAUCGGCGUCUUUCAUAGCAAACGUAUCAAGGUGAUCUCGAAACCGUCCAAGAAGAAACAGUCCCUAAAAAACGCGGACCUGUGCAUUGCCAGUGGCACCAAGGUCGCGCUCUUUAAUCGACUGCGCUCGCAGACGGUCAGCACGCGCUACCUCCACGUGGAGAACGGCAAUUUUCACGCGAGCUCGACGCAAUGGGGCGCGUUUACCAUCCACCUCCUCGACGAUAACGAGAGCGAAUCCGAGGAGUUUCAAGUACGCGACGGUUACGUGCACUAUGGCAGUACCGUUAAACUGGUGUGCUCCGUCACCGGAAUGGCACUGCCACGCUUGGUCAUUCGCAAAGUGGAUAAACAGAUGGCCAGUCUCGAGGCCGACGAUCCUGUAUCGCAGUUGCACAAGUGCGCCUUUUACAUGAAGGACACGGAUCAUAUGUACCUGUGCCUGUCGCAGGAACGCAUAAUACAAUUCCAGGCUACGCCUUGCCCGAAGGAGGCGAAUAAAGAGAUGAUCAACGACGGUGCCUGCUGGACGAUCAUCAGCACCGACAAGGCCGAGUAUCAAUUCUUCGAGGGUAUGGGCCCGGUACGAUCUCCGGUGACACCGGUACCACUGGUCCACAGCCUGCAUCUCAACGGUGGCGGCGAUGUGGCGAUGCUCGAGCUAACGGGUGACAAUUUCACGCCGAACCUGCAAGUCUGGUUUGGUGACGUGGAAGCCGAGACUAUGUACAGAUGUCAAGAAAGCAUGCUUUGCGUCGUGCCAGACAUCUCCCUGUUCCGUGGCGAGUGGCUCUGGGUACGUCAGCCAACGCAAGUGCCGGUCUCUCUCGUACGCAACGACGGCAUCAUUUACGCGACCGGUCUCACUUUCACGUAUACGCCCGAGCCUGGCCCGCGUCCACAUUGUCCGCCCGCCGACGAGAUUAUGCGAGCGCCCCGUGCCAUGCACAAUCAAGCCAGUAUACCACCUGCCGCGAUGCCCGCGGACGUGCCCUGGAACACUCACGGCCAGCCGCCGCAAUCGGGUCUCUGAUGUCUUCUAGAUAACCGUCAUAAUUUCAACCAAAGUUUACGAUAUAAUAGCGAUACGGAUGAUCCAGCAGUCGUUGUGUCUCACAACGACGACCACGACGAUGACGAUGAUGACCACGACGACCACGUCGACGACUACGACGAUGACGACGACGACGACGAUGAUGCGAGUGAGAACGGCGAUGGUGACUGUUCGUAUCUAGCGAAAAAUUUAUUACUCAACAUCAGUGAUGAUACGGUGCGGUGCGAUACAAACUUGGGCAAUACGAAAACGUAACGCAUCGCUCAAUGCACCUGAUUCAGUGGUGCGACGACAUGGCGCGUCGAAUUUUGUGCGCGCUGAAAAUCAAGUUCAACUUGUUGUUGAGAUACAGAUUUACAAAGAUGAUAAUUUAUAUAGCAAUUCUAUAGGUUUAAAGGCUUUAUGCUAGUGUGUAUAGACUCGACUGAGUCGAGUAUACGAUGUUUGACGAUUAAAUUUUCAGAAAAGGCAAAUAAAAUUAAUAAGAGAUUCGAUUUAACAUGAAGAUUUUUAAUCAGUUUGAAUUGUUACUUUAAUACGCCUCGAAAUAUUCUCCUUGUAAUUUUACUUCAUCUUAUUUAGCACUUGAAGAAGGAUAAAUCCUACCAAACGAUUAGAGUAUUGUUAGUAGUAACGAAUAACGAGGGUAACACAAUUUUGGUCUGUACAUCUGCAUAUCGAUCACCGAACGAUGGUUGUGCUUUUAACACUAUGUUACGAAAGGAACUGCUGCUACGCUUGGAACUCGGUAUAGCGGAUUUCGACAAUAUAAUUAGGCAUUCACUGUGUUGCUGUUGAUUGUAUCAUAACUUCCAAUUUUUUUCAAAUAUGCCAAUUUAAGUCAAUUUUAUUAAAAAAAUAUUUUGUAAAAAGAAGAAAACGAAUUUAUAAGCGCAAUCGAAAAUCCGCAAUCGAAAUCCGAGUGUUGCCUUGCGUGAAUGGUCUAGCCUGUACAAAGUUAGAUAGAGGGAGAAGAUACGCGACGUAUUUUUGAAUCCGUGCACCACGGCCUCGACGUUUGGUACAUUUGUAAAUUCAUGCGUGCGCGGCGUCAACAGAUUCUUUAUUAUUUAUUAGGAGAUGCAUAUACUUUUAUUAAGCGAAUGUUGUGUGUGAUGUAUCGCGCGAAUCGAUGUUGAUUGUGAAAACUUGGAAAUUGACCAAGUCAGGUAGAAUUUUCAUAUCCAUUCUUCUUUUCUUUUUCUCUAAAUCUUGGAGACAGUCGUCAAGUCUGCUUUAGAAACGGAACAUGAUUUCGUUCAACAAUAUAUGCACGCGCGCGCGUGCGUGUGUGUGUGUGUGUGUGUGUGUGUGUGUGUCAUUUUAUGUAUAUAGUAUUUCAAUGUACGUACAGCACUUAUUGUGAUCAUAAUUACAUGGAUCCCAGUGUAACAAUUACGUUAGAUAUCCUCGAGGUGCUCACAUGAAACUAACUUUCGGUUCUGACUCUUAUAAAUGAAAUAAACUGUAGGAAACAAAUCUAUCAUUAUAUUUAAAAUUAUAUUGUGCAUAAAGAUUUAUAUCUUACAUAUACUUGAAAUUUUUUUCAGAUAGAUCGAGGAUCUUUCGAACUAUAAUUUGGAGCUUUUUUUAAAAAUUUUCCUUAAAAAAUACGUGAGUGAAAAAUAAAAAAAAACACUUAUAUGCUUUAUUGUAGUUAUAUCAGUAAGUACAAUGAAGACUUGUAUAAAAAUUUUAUGCUCCUACACAUGAUUUAGAAUAAACAGAAAAUUUAUA